AUGUUUUCUUUACUUCGGAAUACUGCAAUAUCAUCAUGUAGCGGAUUAGUGGCAUUCGAUCUUUUGCGACCAGUCGCGGGGGAUUUCACACAACUGAGAGGUCGUAAAAGAGCCCUCAAGCAAGGUCUUACUCGGCAGCAAAAACUCGAACGUCGCUUGAAAAGAGAGGAAAGAGAAGCUGCCCGCAAGCAGUACACGUUCAUGGAAAGGAUCAACAUUCGUCGAAUGAGGAACCUCCUUUCUCCUUCUCAACAAUUCCCAGGUCGCCUGUGCCGUGAAGAUGAGGCAAACCUUCCGGAUAAACCGCUGACGAACAUCUUUA